GGUGGUCCGGGAAGCACUGCUGGCUCCCCGAAGGCGCCGCUGGCCCCCCGCCCCGCUCCGCCCCUCAAACCCGCCGGGCCCGCAGCUCCGUGCGCCACGAAGUUCCGAGGCGCGAGUCCGUGGAGGCAGCGCGCCCUCAGGGCUGGGCUGGGCUCCGCGCCCUCUGGACGGCCGUGACCGCUGGCCUUGAGCUGGGGCGGCUGACGGACUGAGCGCUAGGUUGGUUGCUCCUCUCAGCCGGCACCCCGCGACCCCCAGCUGCCUGGGCUGCUGUGCGCCCUCCAUCCGCAGGGUCAGUCUGCAGCCCCGGUGCGCCCGCGCCCUCCCUCCUCGCCAGCUCCGGCCAUCGCCACUGCCACCCACCAUGGCCCAUGGCCCCGCUCACACCAGCCAGGGACCAGGGUCCCAACUACUGCCGCUGCUGCUGUGGCUUCUGCUGCUGCUUCAGGACGCGGGUGGCAGCCACACAGCCCCCGCCCCGCCCGUGGCCUCCUAUGGCCUGGCCGGAGACAAGGACCCCCAGCGGUUCCUGGGGGACAGGGCUGCAGCUCUGGGCCCUGGCGCCCAGGACAUGGUCGCUGUCCACAUGCUUCGGCUUUAUGAGAAAUACCGCCAAAGGGGCGUGCGGCCUGGAGGGGGCAACACGGUCCGCAGCUUCAGGCCCAGGCUGGAAGUGGUCAACCAGAGGGCCCUGUACUUCUUCAACCUGACUUCCAUGCAGGACUCGGAAAUGAUCCUCACGGCCACGUUCCACUUCUACGCGGAGCCACGGUGGCCCCGGGCUCACGAGGUGCCCUGCAAGCAGCGGGCCAAGAAUGCGUCCUGCCGCCUGCUGCCCCCAGGCCUGCCCGCACGCCGCCACCUGCUCUUCCGCAGCCUCUCGCAGAACAUGGCCACGCAGGGGCUGCUCCGGGGGGCUGUUGCCCUGGCGCCCCCGCCACGGGGCCUCUGGCAGGCCAGGGACAUCUCCCCCAUAGUCAAGGCGGCCCGCCGGGAUGGCGAACUGCUUCUCUCUGCUGAGCUGGAUUCUGGGGAGAAGGACCCUGGGGUGCCCCGCCCCAGCGUCCACACACCCUACAUUCUCAUCUAUGCCAAUGACCUGGCCAUCUCGGAGCCCAACAGUGUGGCGGUGACAUUGCAGAGAUACGACCCCUUCCCUGCUGGAGACCCGGAGCCCGGCGCCGCCCCCAACAGCUCCACAGACCCCCGCGUCCGGAGGGCCACGCAGGCCGCCGGGUCCUUCCAGGACAACGAGCUGCCGGGGCUGGACGAGAAGCCAGCACAGGUGCCCCACGCCCCGCAGGGCCACAAGCACGCACUGUGGCCCAGCCCCUUCCGGACACUGAAGCCCCGGCCAGGGCGCAAGGACCGCAGGAGGAAGGGCCAGGACGCGUUCGCGGCCUCCUCGCAGGUGCUGCACUUCGACGAAAAGACGAUGCAGAAAGCCCGGAGGAAGCAGUGGGACGAGCCGAGGGUCUGCUCCCGCAGGUACCUGAAGGUGGACUUUGCGGACAUCGGGUGGAACGAAUGGAUCAUCUCUCCCAAGUCCUUCGACGCCUACUACUGCGCGGGAGCAUGCGAGUUCCCCAUGCCCAAGAUCGUCCGCCCGUCCAAUCACGCCACCAUCCAGAGCAUCGUCAGGGCCGUGGGCAUCGUCCCAGGCAUCCCGGAGCCCUGCUGCGUUCCCGACAAGAUGAGCCCCCUGGGGGUCCUCUUCCUGGAUGAGAACCGGAAUGUGGUUCUGAAGGUGUACCCCAACAUGUCUGUGGAGACCUGUGCCUGCCGGUAAGACCGGCUGCUCCAGGGAGGGAACCCCCGGUGCCCUCGGGCAGCGGCCUCCGCGCCCUGGAGUGAGAGUUUGACUGGAGGUGCAGCUGCAAUGGCCGGGCAGCGCACAGGCGGCGCACAGGCGGCCCAGGAGGAUCUGUCCCCAGGGCAUCAUUUCGGGGUUUUAUUGCCAGUGACUGAGCCCCAAAAGGACCCGAAAAUCAGCCCAGCCUGAAGGGGGCCACCGCCCAUCCCUCGCCCUGGAGGCCGGCAAGCCGGACCUGUCCACACUGUUGGCGGCCGUGGCAUCACUCCUGGCCUUCGCAGAAGCCUGCGCACCUGGGGCCUCGCUCCUCCCAGUGGAAACAGCCUCAUGUAAACAAUCGCAUUGGCCACAUAUUAAUACUGGAAAAUAGGCCUAAGCAAUAGUAAAAACGGAUGUUUCUUUUCCCAGAUUCCACUGCAGAAGCUUUUACAAUAUGCACAUGUAAUCAAUUUUCAUUUCUUUUUCUUAAUAUAUAUUUUAUUUUAAAACAAAAAGGGGAGCUGUAACCAUUCCACACGGGUAAUCGUGCUGGGUAAGUGUGCAUUGUUCAAACAUGCUUAUUGAAAUAACACGCAGCGAUAUCUUGGAACACUAAAAAAUAAUCGAGAUUUUUAUAUUUUUAUAAAUUAUACUUUCUCUACUGUAGGUUGUAUGUUAUGUGUUUUAUGGAAAGCUAA